GCUGAGCCCGGAGAGCACGAAGGGUACUGGGGUCAGAGUGACAAGAGCGGUCUGGAAAGGUGGACCGAAUGACGACCAGAACCUCCGAGGCCUCGGGGCUGUCGGUGCCGCUGCACCGCUGUCACGGGGCUGCCAACAACGGCACCUGCGCGGAGCAGCUCAGCAUCUUCCCUCCCUUCUCCUCCACCCUCGCGCUCCUCGUGCUGGUGGCCGUGCUCGUGGGGAUCAUCCUCGUUUCCCUGGCAACGUUCCACUUCCACAAGAGGAAGCUCCGGAACAGGAAGAUCCAGCGCGCGCAGGAGGAAUACGAGCGCGACAGUCGCAGCCCCGCGCGCGCCGUCGAGCCCGUGAGGCCGUGCGUCAUCGUCCGACCGGUGAGGUGCGAGGAGGAGAAGCUCUCGUGCCACAGCGCGGAGAGCGGGGACGUCCACGACCCCGAGGCGACCCCCCAGACAGAUCCUCAUGACUGUUAACUCGGUGCAACUUCAGGGAAUGAGACUGUGGAAUAAACAGGAGAAGCAAUAAGGCACAAAGAACUCCCACACCCAUGUCUGCUGCUUGUAGUUGACUUAGAAACUGUAGGAAAAAAUCAGAGUAAUUAGCAGAAUAGGCCUAGAGGUAACACUAGUAGGCGACCAUAGGGGCACAUAGGCUAGCUGUGUUGCCUUAGUUUCUAAUACAC